CAAUGGACUAUUGCUUUGUAUAAACUGUUGUUAAUGAAAGGAAGAUUGUUUGCUGUUUAAUAUCGACCUUACCGAGAUGGCGGAUGUAGGAAGUCGGCAACUUCCGGUCGUGCCCCCAGAAUGGUAGUGAUGGCUUCACUUUCAUGUCGUACUGCUUAGAAAUCUGCUGAAAACCAUUUGAUAAGGAGACAAAGAGGGGUUGACAUGGCAGAGAUGGAGGAAGACAUUGGAGAUCUGCCGGCCGGAGUGGGCGACAAUGAGUCUGACAGAGAUGAAGAUGAUGAUAUGGAUGAGGAAGACGACGAGGAGGAGGUGGAUGAUGAACAGCUCUUGGACACCGAAGCAUCUGAAUCGUUUGAGUUGGAUACACCAGCUGAGCGCAGUGGUCACAUAGCAGUGGUUGACAGAAACAUCAUGUAUGUGUGGGGUGGAUACAAGAAUGCCCAAAACCACGGAUUCUUUGACUUGUACCUGCCGAGAAAUGAGAUCUGGACAUACAACAUGGAGUCAGGAGUAUGGACAAAGCAUGUGGCCGGAGGUAACCUACAAACAUCCCUGUCGGGCAGCUGUGGGGUGUGUGUUGAUGGAGUCCUCUACCUAUUUGGAGGUCAUCACGCCAGGGGAAACACAAACAGGAUCUACCGCCUGCCCCUGAGAGCUCCCAGCCUCGUUUGGGAGGAAAUGAGGGAUCUUAAAGGACUUCCUCCAUCCUGCAAGGACAAGCUAGGGUGCUGGGUUCAGAAAAACAGACUUAUAUUCUUUGGGGGCUAUGGCUACGCUGCACAAGGAUCUCAUGAAGGGACUUUUGAAUAUGAUGAAUCAUCUUCACUGGUGUGGGACAGCCCUGGGCGAGGCUGGAACAACCACAUCCAUAUCCUGGACCUGGAAACAUGCACAUGGAGCCAGCCAAUCACCACGGGAAACACCCCAUCACCCAGAGCAGCUCAUGCCUGCGCCACAGUUGGUAACAGAGGCUAUGUGUUUGGGGGACGAUACAAGAACUACAGACUAAAUGACCUGUACUACAUUGACCUGGACACAUGGGAGUGGCACGAAAUGAGCGUUCCCCAGCAGGGUCCUGUGGGCCGGUCUUGGCACUCCUUCACUCCUGUGUCACCGGACCACAUCUUCUUGUUUGGAGGUUUCACCACAGAGAGAGAGACGCUGAGUGAUGCUUGGCUGUACUACGUGAGCAAAAAUGAAUGGAAGCCUUUCAAACACAGUCACACAGAGAGGCCAAGGCUGUGGCACACAGCGUGCUCCGGCCCUGAUGGGGAGGUGUUCGUGUUUGGAGGGUGCGCCAACAACCUGUUGUCUCAUCAAAGAGCUGCACACAGCAAUGAGCUAAUAGUUUUCAACGUUCAGCCUAAAUCGCUUGUUCGGUUUUGUAUGGAGGCCGUUCUGCAGCACAGGGAGCGUUUGUCGAGCUACUGGGACUGCUUGCCCAAACACCUCCUGCACAGCCUCAAACAGAGAAUGGCGCGUGUCAACACACUGGGCUCCUAGGCGAAGAGGAAGCCGUCGAUCCAAUCCAGAGCAUUACAGGAAUAUGUAUGUAUGAGAUGAGCAGGUAGUCCUAUUAGAGCAUUAGUUUAAAGUGUGUGGACACUUGCAGGCACACACACACAAAAAUCUCUAAGCAAUAGUGAACAGCUGUGGAACUGUUGGAAACAGGUCCUGACUGGCACACUAAGGUUCACAGGCAAUCCUAAAAGCUGUUUAUUACCUUUUUCUGUUUAUUAUCGGAUAGGUUGAACUCUUUCAGAUGCCAGUAGACCCUUUUCGUGGAGUAGCAGUGCAGGUGAUGCACAACAUAUAAGAGACAACAGGAGCCCUACCAGAUACCUACCUUUGGGUUAGCUUUUGUUUUGCUUUCUUGGCUCAGCACAUUUUUUCAGGUGGACGUAUUUUAUUACUCCUUUUGAAAUGUUAAAAUUCAGGAAGAUCACUGAAAGGAAACGCUGUGAGAAAAUUAAUUGAGGCUAGUGAGGAAAAAUCUAGUUUAGAGAGGGGGCAGGACUUUGGUCUUGUGAACUUCCUUUCCUCCACAGGAUUAUAGUACAUCCUGUAGGUGUAACCAAGAGCCAAGGGGAGAGUUCUGAUCCUUUACACAACCAUGCCACACCAAGUUGGUCUUCCUCAGAAGUUGAACCAACUUAAAAUAUAUGUCUAAUGUCUUAACACUAAAUGAAGAGGUGCCAGGUUGAAACAGUUUUGCUUUAGGGCUGUCAGAAUUGGCCAAAAAUGAUGUUCGAUUAUUCCUUCUGAAAAAACACACUGGUUCAAAACCAUUCGAACAUCUUACUUUUGCAAAUUAUGGCCAUUAGAGUGCAAACCAAUCCAGUGAGACAAACUACUUGUAUAGGUAUAAUUAUUUCAACAAAAGCAUGUCUUUUUAAAGACCUACAUAGCUACAGAUUACAAAACAAAUAAAAUAAUGUCCUAUAAUGUGUUGAAUUAUUUGCUCGUAUCAGAUUGACCUACAUUUUAUUUUCAAUUAUUGAAAGUGAGUUUCCAAUUGGUGCCGGUCCAUGUGUCGAGGCAGAUUUUAGGGAGGAAUUCUGGUCAAAUAUUAUCAGUGACUAUGGAUCCUAAUUCCCAUGUUUUUGUGUCCAAGUGACUAAUGGGGACAACAAUUUUUUUAAAUUGGUCCAGUAUUGAGAGACAGCGCUGCACCCGGGAGCCACAAAAUAAUGUAAUACCUCCAGGUGUUAAUGCACUGCCAAUAUAUGUCCACUAAAAGUUUGUUUUUGCCACUGACAGCCUUGGAUUGUUAUUCUAGGUUUCUGCCAACAUUAUGGAAAGAAUCCCUUCAGAGAUCGACUUUUUUUUUUUUUUAAGUCACCAGACUCCAUAAACAGAAACAGUAAUUUUAGCAUCAAAACACCAUAAAUCACUUCAUUCAAAGGUGAUGAAAACAAAAACCUUCUUGGUUCCUCUUUCCACUGUUCCAGCAAUCUCCACCAACUCUGAUUUGUUCCAAAUAAACUCUUAAUUCACUAAAUGGGGGAGAGGUGCCACAGUAGUGCUGCUUUUUCCCCACAAUGGAAUUUUAAUUUUCACAAUUCAAUUAUUCAAAUUCAGUAUAUUCACAGGCUUAGUUUGUUUUAAUGGUGCUUUUUUUUUAGGAGCCGGUCACUUAAAUGAUUCCUGUAACAGAUGUUUGACACAAGCUUGAGUACAGAUGUUUGUUCGAUCUUGGAUAGUUCUCACAGACCUAAAACUAGUGCUUUGUUUCACAAGACUAUCUACUCUGAAGCCACAGAUAUGCUAAUUUUCAGUUUUUAUUUAAAUAUAUAAAUAUAUAUAGUAAUUUAUAUAUUUGUGAGGAAAUGUGAGUUCUUUGUCGUGAAAAUGGCUUUUAAAGCCUUUCAGUUGUCAUGAGUGGCUCUUGUAGCAUUUUCAUUUUAUUUAAUCAAUGACUUAAAAUACUGCGAGUGUAUUGGAUGUUGAGCCAUGUUGCACUGAAAUGCCUCAUGUCAGUAGGGCUUUAUUUGUAUUUGCCUGGUUUGCACAAUGUUCCCUUGUUGUUGUUGUUGUUGUUUUUUUUAUUGUAGAAUACAAUGCAUACUUCUUAAUUUGUAAUUAAAGAAUAAACACAUGCCAUACGA